AUGGUCGAUGCAUAUGGCCGUGCUGGUCUUGUCAUCAACACCAAAAAGCCCGAAGUUCUGCAGCAGCUCUCAACACUGAACGCUAGCCUGCACAACUUUCACGUUGGCAACACUGAACUCGCGGAAGUCGACCAGUUUACCUACCUGGGCUCUGUGCUGAACAACAGCCAUGACCUGACUGACGAUAUUCAGCGACGUGUUCGUCUUGCCUCCGCUGCUUUUGGACGGCUUUCUCGACGGGUGUUCCUCAAUAAGAACCUCUCCAUAAAACCAAAAGUGGCGAUCUACAACGCUGUGUGCAUCUCGAGGCUACUCUAUGGUUGCAAAGCCUGGGUCCUCUACCGACGCCAUGCUAAGAUGCUGGAGCGGUUUCACAUCUCCUUCCUUCAACGCAUUCUUGGGCUUCGCUGGUGGAACAAGGUGCCGCACGCAGAAAUUCGCCGGCGAGCUGAAAGCCCGACCCUAGAAGCAACCGUAGCUGGACGUCAACUCCGCUGGAUCGGCCAUGUUAUUAUGCAACGCCGAAGAAGAGCGGAAUUCAAACCAAUCGACUCGAAACAUUGGCCAAAGACCGAGCCGAGUGGCGACGCCGAUGCAAUGACGGUGCUACCCGCCUGGACGCCGAGCUGGUCCGAGCAGCGGAGGAGCAGCGCUCCCGCCGGCACGCUGUGA